GCAGGCAUCAAUGAGAAACACACCGCCUCACAGACCCUCACUGCUCGGCCUGUUUCAUGUUUGAGGCUCCAGGCCGCGGACAGCCGGCUGUUUGUGACCCGAGCUGAGGAUGCGGGAGCAGGUGUGGGCCUCCUGGCUCCCCCGCUGCCUGGUGCUCAUCAUCACCGCGCACACUUCAUCUGCGUCCGCCGAGCUGCGGCCGUGCGACAGGACAGAAUACAACUACCAGUACACAGAGUGUGACAGCACAGGGUCACGAUGGAGGGUCUCCAUCCCCGUCACUCCAAACUCCUGCUCAGACCUCCCCCCCCCAACCAGAGGAACAGACUGCUCUUUCUCCUGUCCGGCUGGGAAGUUUUUAGAGAUGAGCACGCAGCAUUGCACGCCGUGUCUGGCCGGCUCUUAUUCUCUGGGCAGUGGUCUCCGUUUUGACCAAUGGGACGCCAUCCCUACAGGCUUCACCAACAUGGCCAGCUUCUUAGACCCUGGGCCAAAUGGAGAGGACAUUCAGGCCUGUAACAGCUCAUCAUGGACGCCACAGGGUGUGUAUCUGGAGUCAAACCGCGAUGAGUGCACAGUGUCUCUGGUUUACGCCGUCCAUCUGGAGAAACUGGGCUCCGUCUCCUUCACCUACCAGUACCCCGACAGCAACAUCUUCUUUGAGUUCUAUGUCCAGAACGAGCAGUGUCAGGAAAUGGCCCAGACUGAUGACCAGAAGUGGAUUAAAGCCACCAACAAUGGGGAAUGGGAAACACACACAGUGAGUCUAAAGACCGGUACUAACAUCCUCUAUUGGAGAACCACCGUCAUCCUGGUGGGAGGAAAGAUGGUGAAACCUGUGCUGCUCAAGAACAUCCAAAUAGAAGGUGUUGCCUACACAUCUGAGUGUUUCCCGUGCCGGCCCGGGUGGUUCAGCCCGGCCCCCGGCUCCUCAUCCUGUGAGCCUUGUCCCAGCAACACCUUCUCCAUUAAGGGGGUCUCCUCCUGCACCACCUGCCCUGAGCACCACUACUCACAUGAGGGGUGGGCCGAGUGUAAGGUGAGGCCGCCGUGCUCAGAGAAGGAUUAUUUCCAGAUCCACACGGCCUGCGACAGCGAAGGAAAGACGCAGGUGUUGUAUCGGUGGGUGGAGCCAAAGAUCUGUGUGGAGAACGUGACGGGGGCGUUGGAGCUGCCUGCCACGGGGCAGAGAGAGCCCUGCCCCCCCUGCAACCCCGGCUACUACAACAGCAACGACUCCACCUGUUUGCCCUGCCCAGCUGGAACCCACUCAGAUGGCACCUACGUGUGCACCAAGUGCCCUGCAGGUACAGAGCCGGUGUUGGGUUACGAGUAUAAAUGGUGGAACGUGCUGCCCUCCAACAUGAAGACGUCCUGUUUCAACGUCGGAAACUCCAAAUGUGAUGACAUGAAUGGAUGGGAGGUUGCAGGGGACCACAUUCGCAGCGGAGCAGGCAGCUCAGAUAAUGACUACCUCAUCCUCAGCCUGCACGUGCCUGGCUUCAAGGUCCCAGCCUCUCUCGCAGGGAUGACGGGCAGUGAGUUUGGACGGAUAACCUUUGUGUUUGAGACCCUGUGCUCUGGUGACUGUGAGCUCUACUUCAUGAUGGAUGUGAACAGGAAGAGCACCACAGUGGUGGAGUCAUGGGAAGGCAGUAAAGGGAAACAGUCGUACUCACACAGCAUGACCAGGAACGCCUCCGUCGCAUUUACAUGGGCCUUCCAGAGGACCAACCAUGCUCAUGAUGUGCGUCAGUAUGUCAGUGACAUGGUGAAGGUGUACUCCAUCAGUGUGACGAACGUCCUGGACGGCGUGGCGUCGGCGUGUCGGGCCUGCGCUCUGGUUCCUCAGAACUCUCAGCGGGCCGGCUCCUCCUGCGUUCCCUGCCCCGCUGGCUUCUACAUCGACAGAACCACCAACCGCUGCCAGGAGUGUCCGCAGAACACACACCUGGCCGGACGCCACACCUAUGGCCAGGACGCGUGUGUCGCCUGUGGGCCUGGAAGUAUUAGCGACAAGGAACACUCUCGUUGCUACAGCGACUGCUCCUUCUCCCACACAGAGAACAACCGUACGCUGACCUUUGACCUCAGCCCCCUAAGCGACGUUGCCUCGGUGACCAUCGGCCCCAGUUUCACCUCUAAAGGCACAAAGUACCUGCACCUGUUCAACAUCAGCCUGUGUGGCCACGAGGGGAAGAGAGUGGCAGUCUGCACAGAUAACGUCACCGAUGUGUCCACCAAAGAUGACCAGAGUGAUCCGGCGCAGUUUGUUAACUCAGUGGACAGCUUCAUCUGUCAAUCAACCAUCAUCCCAGCAGAUGGGCGGGGCUUCAGGAUGGCCAUUUCCUCCCAGUCCAUCAGCCUUGCAGACAAUUUCAUCGGAGCAACAGUGGACUCUAUUCUGGAUGGUGUGAAAGCUCAACCUGAACUUUUUACGGAAAACUCAAAGGAUGUUCCAGAUAUCAACUUCUUCUACAGGUCAACACAAGUAACUGCUUCAUGUGAUCAGGGUCGCAGUUCAGUCAUCACCAUUCGCUGUAAACCUGAGAAGUCUGACCGAGGAGAGCUCUCUGUGCCCAGCUCCUGUCCUGCAGGAACUUGUGAUGGAUGUACGUUUCACUUCCUGUGGGAGAGCGCCUCCGCCUGUCCACUCUGCACUGAGGACGACUACCACCGGAUAGAGGGGGCCUGCAGGGGGGGGGUCCAGGAAACUCUGUUUGUGUGGAACGAUCCAAAGCUGUGCACCAAAGGCGUGCCGCUGCCCCCCCGCAGCUCCUCUCCCUGUGAGGCCAUCGCUCUGUGGCUGAAGGUCGGGGUGGGGGGCGGAGCCUUCGUGGCCGUGCUGCUCGUCUCCCUCACCUGCUAUUUCUGGAAGAAAAACAAAAGGCUGGAGUACAAGUACUCUCGUCUGGUGAUGUCGGCCAACAGAGAGUGUGAGCUGCCAGCUGCAGACAGCUGUGCUCUGGCUGAGGGGGAGGAGCCUGACGACGACGUGGUCUACACCAAGAAGCCCUCCCUGCUGGGGAAACUCCGCGCCAUAGCUAACAAGCACGACAGGGGAGAGAGCAGUGAGUCUGUGCAGCUCAACUCGUCCCACAGUGACCGAUGGGUCCUGGGAUGAACAGAUCCAGAUGGAGAGAGAGGUGAAAUAAUGGAGGAAGAGUCGGUCAGUGACGGUGUCCGUCACUCCCCUGCUUCUCAUGUUUCCUUAACCCGCCCUACAUUGUAUGCAAGGGGGGGGGGGGGGGGGGGGGAGCACAAAAAAAGACCUCAUGAUUGCCACCCGGACGCUGGCAGAACUCGACUUUUAUUCCUCUAAUACCCAGGGAACACGCUCCUGCUUUAGUGCCAUGGAGGCUCAAGGGCGGCACCUGAAAGAGAAAAUGCUUUUAAUGUUUUUUUGUAUUUUUUGUAAUUUAAUUUGGUAUUUUGCUUUUUGUUCAGUCAUGUAUUUAUAUCAAUGUUUUAAUGAUGAACCUUUAUUAAAGUCCUAUUUGACUUUCUGA